UAAUUGUAUAUAACUCCAUCCUUCUUUCUCUCAUUGUAGAUAUAAAUGGAAAAUCUUUAACCCCUUUUUCUAUUUCCAAGAUUUUUAUAAAAAUAUUUGCAGAUUUACCCACAUGUAUAUUGUUGAACUGGAAAAUAUUCUUAAAUUUAAAAUAGUUUUUUAAAAUUAUAAUUUUAUUUUAAAUUUUAAAUAAAACUGAUAGCAGAAAUGGGUCUCUUUUCAUCUCACUUAUAUCCUGAAAAGGCCUGUCAGCAGAGAGAGAAAUGGUGAGUAAAAGUUAACAAGAGGAGGGGAAAACAAUAGCUGUUAAAUUGUGCAGGGUUUUAUAACACAGUUGCUGCUGCUGCUGCUGCUGCUCAGCUAUAAUACUUUGGCACUACUAUUAUUGUGAUACUCUACUGCAAAUGGUGAAUCUUGAAAGAUUUUCAUGCAUCUCGCCGGAGAAGUAGGCUGAGCACGGCGGAGGACGGUGGUUUGUGGUGGUGGGUAUGGAGUCUUUAAGAAGAAAGUUUCAAGCUUUGAACAAGAUUGGGUGUCUUUUGUUUCUUUUGAGUUGUUCAAGCUUCUUCCUUUUGGUGAACUCUGAUGAUGGGGGGGCAUUGUUGGAGGUAAAAAAGUCAUUUAGGGAUGUGAAUAAUGUGCUCUAUGACUGGACUGAUUCACCUUCUUCAGACUACUGUAUGUGGAGAGGCGUUUCUUGUGAUAAUGUCACCUUCAAUGUAGUUGCACUUAAUCUUUCAGGUUUGAAUCUUGAUGGAGAACUGUCACCAAGUAUUGGUGAGCUCAAAGGUUUAUUCUCCAUUGAUCUACGUGGAAAUAGAUUAUCUGGUCAAAUCCCAGAUGAGAUUGGUGAUUGUAGUAACCUCAAAAACUUGGAUCUAUCAUUCAACAUGUUAACCGGAGACAUUCCGUUUUCGAUAUCCAAGUUAAAACAGCUCGAGCUCUUAAUCUUGAAAAACAACCAAUUAAUUGGUCCUAUCCCUUCUACCUUAUCACAGAUUCCCAAUUUGAAAAUUUUGGACUUAGCACAAAAUCAGCUAAGCGGCGAAAUCCCGAGGCUUAUAUACUGGAAUGAAGUGUUACAGUAUCUAGGAUUGAGGAGCAACAAUUUGGUCGGAGAGCUCUCACCCGAUAUCUGUCAGUUAACGGGCCUGUGGUAUUUUGAUGUGAGGAACAAUAGUUUAAGUGGCACGAUUCCCUCAAACAUUGGCAACUGCACCGGCUUCCAGGUUUUGGACUUGUCAUAUAACCGAUUGACCGGAGAGAUACCGUUCAAUAUCGGGUUCCUACAAGUAGCCACAUUAUCACUGCAAGGGAACCAGUUAUCGGGGGAAAUCCCGUCAGUGAUUGGACUCAUGCAGGCGCUUGCGGUUUUAGACUUGAGUUGCAAUAAUUUAAGCGGGCAAAUUCCUCCGAUCAUCGGAAACUUGACGUACACCGAGAAAUUGUAUCUCCACAAUAACAAGUUGACAGGAUCCAUUCCUCCAGAGCUCGGGAACAUGUCAAAGCUCCAUUACUUGGAACUGAAUGAUAAUCAGCUCACUGGUCAUAUUCCACCUGAACUCGGAAAGCUUACCGACUUGUUUGACCUUAAUGUUGCGGGAAAUAAACUCGAGGGACACAUACCUGAUAAUCUUAGCUCAUGCACUAAUCUCAACAGCCUAAACGUGCAUGGAAACAAGUUAAAGGGUACGAUCCCUGCUCAACUUCAGAGGCUAGAAAGCAUGACAUACUUGAAUCUUUCGUCAAACAACAUUGCGGGUCCUGUUCCGAUUGAGCUGUCUCGGAUUGGUAACUUGGAUACAUUGGACCUUUCAAACAACAAAAUUAGUGGCCCGAUCCCUUCGCCGCUUGGUGAUUUGGAACAUCUUUUGAAAUUGAAUCUGAGUCGGAAUGAGUUCACCGGGUAUUUACCAGCCGAGUUUGGAAACUUAAGAAGCGUCAUGGACAUAGAUCUUUCUUACAAUCAUCUCUCGGGUGUACUGCCCCAGGAGCUCGGUCAACUUCAGAAUUUGUUCACGCUAAAAUUAGAAAGUAACAACUUUACGGGCGGUUUGACUUCGUUGGUGAAUUGCCUUAGUCUUUCUGUUCUCAACGUAUCAUAUAAUAAUCUCGUUGGGGAUAUUCCUACCGGCAACAAUUUUUCCAAGUUUUCACCCGAUAGCUUUCUUGCCAAUCCCGGUCUUUGCGGCAGUUUGCUAAGUUCUUCGUGUCAUGCUUCUCGUUCAACCGAGCGAGUGACGAUACCUAAAGCGGCUAUAUUGGGAAUCGCGCUUGGUGCUUUAGUUAUACUCCUUAUGAUCCUUGUGGCAGUAUGCCGGCCCCACAACUCGAAACCGUUCAUGGACGGGUCAUACGACAAACCCGUUCAUUACCCAUCACCAAAGCUUGUGAUACUUCACAUGAACAUGGCACUUCAUGUGUACGAUGAUAUUAUGAGGAUGACCGAGAACUUGAGCGAGAAGUAUAUAAUUGGAUACGGAGCGUCGAGUACGGUCUACAAAUGCGUUCUCAAAAACUGUCGGCCCGUUGCUAUCAAGAAACUGUAUACUCAUUAUCCUCAGUACUUGAAAGAGUUCGAGACCGAGCUCGAAACGGUUGGGAGCAUCAAACACCGGAAUCUUGUUAGUUUACAGGGUUACUCCUUAUCACCUUCCGGAAACUUGUUGUUUUACGACUAUAUGGAAAAUGGCAGCCUCUGGGAUCUCCUUCAUGGCCCGUUAAAGAAGAAAAAGCUGGAUUGGGAUACGCGAAUUCAGAUAGCACUCGGGGCGGCACAAGGGCUUGCAUAUCUUCACCAUGAUUGCAGUCCUCGUAUAAUCCAUAGAGACGUGAAAUCAUCGAACAUUCUACUUGACAAGGAUUUUGAAGCACAUCUUACCGAUUUUGGCAUUGCUAAGAGUCUAUGCACCUCAAAGACCUUCACUUCGACUUAUAUAAUGGGGACUAUCGGUUAUAUUGAUCCCGAAUAUGCCCGUACGUCCCGGCUCACCGAGAAAUCUGAUGUCUAUAGCUACGGGAUUGUUCUACUUGAAUUGCUUACAGGACGGAAAGCGGUUGAUAAUGAAUCAAACCUUCAUCAUCUGAUUUUGUCAAAGACAGCAAGCAACUCAGUCAUGGAAACCGUGGAUCCGGAAAUAUCCGCAACGUGCAAAGACCUCGCGGAAGUAAAAAAGGUAUUCCAACUCGCACUCUUGUGCACCAAGCGUCAACCAUCCGAGCGACCAACAAUGCACGAAGUAGUUCGCGUCCUCAGCAGCAUACUCCCCGCAGCCAAACACAACCCCACGGGUCCCACCGUUCUACUCCCGUCUUCAAAAGUCUCGAGCUACAUGGACGAGUACGCCAACCUCAAGACGCCGCAUCUCGUCAACUGCUCAUCCAUUAGCACCUCAGAUGCCCAACUGUUUCUGAAAUUUGGUGAGGUUAUAUCCCAAAACAGUGAUUAAACUUUAAAGUAGUAAAAUGUCUAUAUUGCCCUUGGUUAUGGAACAUUAUAGUAUUUGUAGCAAGUACAAGAAGAAGGUUGGUUGGAUGGGUGUAGGGAGAUUUUUGGAAAUGUAAAAAACUAAAAACUGGUGGUGUAUCCAUCAUGUGAAAGCAAGCAGGGCUGUUGUACUGUUAUGAAAUGAACAAUUAUGGUGGUACUGUUAA